AUGCUCGGAUUUCCCAUACCGCCUCCUUUGGCCUGUGCGGUGCAGCCUGUUGCGGAGAUCCCACACUCACUCGUUUCUGCUAGGGCUUCCCUAGUGGUAGCGAAUCUGGUGGGACUCGACCUUCUGAAGUUGGCUACGAGCACCGAGGAAUAUAUUGAUAAGAUCUUCCAGUAUGUGCUAUACAGAUUCCCUGAGGUGCAGCCGCCUGGAUCGGACCCAGAUGCGAUUAUGGAUCAACUGUUUCUGAAAGCAGGCUCGAUAGUGAUGUUCUCCGCACUGAAGAAUGACCAAUUGCCAUGGAAGAAUAUACACGGAGAGCUCGGAAAGUUGUCUGAUUGGACACUCAAGAAUGAGAUCAUGGUUUCUAGCUUGUCACUUGUAUCAGUUUUUGGACUUGUCACAGGUAAUGGACUGCCGAGACUUCUCUCCGCAACCGCCUCCUCUGAGGAAGCCGAUCGUGCUUGGAAAAAACCUGGGGUUCUGUUGAAACGAGCUCACUGCUAUUUGGAGAUGCUUCAGCUUCACCAGAAUGCGCUAAUGUGGGAGGUUCCUAGCUCGUUUUUUGAGCUUGACUUCAACUCUGUCACGUUCCUGGGGCAUUUGAACAAUGCAUCUUUACAACUCUCGGUUCUGUCUAAGAAUGUAUGGAAUCUGGAAAAGUCCAUAGAUGACAGUUUUGGAGAUUUCAGUGUGGACUCACUGAGUAAAAGCACGAAUUUCGCGAUGUACGUGCGAAUUGUGAUACAAACAUAUGAUGAAAUUAAUGUGGCUCAAAGGCUGUUGCCUCCCAGGAUUCAGGUCCAAACCUACUUUGCGUGUCUCAAAUCAUUCCUAGAAUGUUAUGUUUGUCUCUAUUUGUCUUUGGAUUACUACAAGAAGAACCAGGUUGGUCUGUCCAUAGGCCUGGUCAACUACGCACUGGCAUUGGCCCAGACGAAGGACGAGGACAGAUUACGCAAUACCGAGGAAAAAAACUCUUUCAAGGACAAACUCAAUCUCAAGAACAAGUUUAAUGAGAAAAAAGAUGCCAAGGCUACGAAAAAGCUCGAAUCUGACAAUAACUCCUCCCACAAGCUCUCCAAACGCAUAGUUCACACCAACAUUGUGCCGAACAGGGUACUGGAGACAAAUCUUCCUCAGGGUCUUUUUGAGAACCUGAGGAUUGUGCUAGCUCUUCUUCACCUUCUGAACAUGAAGUUUAACAAAGAAAACAACAAUCUAAGCUUUCAGAAGGUCGUUCCAGUGACUGAGGUUUCUCAGAAUCACCUGUUUGGUUCCUCAAAUCUUCCCAGUGGAGUUGGCGUUCCACUGACUUCAAACCCUUGGUAUCCUCGUUGUAUCAAUUCUGAGACUGACAAGGAUUACAGUUUGCAAAAUGCUUAUUUCUAG